UUUCUUUUCUUUUUUUCCUUUCCUUUCCUUUCCUUUCUUUUCCUCUCCUCUCUUUUUCCUUAUUAUGUACUUUCUUUCUUUCUCUUAAUUUUCUUUCAUGGGUUUUAGGUCAUUGUAAGUGAAAAAAAAUUCUUGUUUCCUUUGCAGUGCAGAUGAGAUGAUCAUGAAGCACGUGCACACUCAGAUUUCCAUCACAACAGGUUCCAAUUAUAUAAAAACUAAUACUAUAAUCAAUUCUUCUCUCUCUUUCUCUAUCAAUCUCUCUCUAUUUCUAUAUAUAUAUAUAUAUAAAAGCAAACUUCCUCCAUAUAUCCUCCUCCCCUUCCCUCUUUCUGUUCUUGUUCUUGUUCUUCUUCUUCUAGAUGUUCUGUUCUUACUCUAUAGGAUGAUGAAGCAGUAAUACCAUAAUUUGUAGUUAAACAAGAAGAAGAAGAAGCAACACAAUAAUUCAUUCUUUCAAGAUCUCAUAUUUCUUCAAACUUCAGUUCUUGGACCCAUGAAUUUGCAUAGCUAUAUAUUCUUUCAUCUUCAUUUGCUUUCAGAAUUCCUCAUUCUUUUCUUGUCUCUUCGCUCCCAGCAGGCUUUCACUGAAAACAGAAUAUCAGAGUUUCCUCCUGUAAGAGUAUUCCCAUCGAUUUCAACUCCUUCUUUGAUGGGUUGAUCAACGCAUCCACACUAUCGCAAGUCCAGAGAAAAAGUCUAUAAUUUUCCCAAGAAAACAAAUCCGAUGGCGACGUACUUUCAUGGGAAUCCGGAAAUCCAAGCAGCAGCUGCAGCUUCAGCUUCAGCAGAAGGACUUCAAACCCUCGUCCUCAUGAACCCUACUUAUGUCCAAUACUCCGAUACUCCACCGCCACCGUCUUCCAACAACCUCCUCUUCCUCAACUCCGCCGCUAACAACCUUUCUCCUCCACCGCACCUCUCUCACGCGCAUCCCAACGCCCAGCAAUUUGUCGGCAUACCUUUGGACUCCCAUGACACUUCUACUUUGCAUGGACUUAUUCCGAGGAUUCAUUACAAUCUCUACAACCCAGUUGACCCUUCCACGGCUGCGCGUGAAACUCCACGCGCUCAGCAAGGACUCUCUUUGAGCCUUUCGUCACAGCAGCAACCGGGUUAUGGGUCACAGGCUCAAGCGGUGUCAGGUGAAGAUAUUAGGGUCUCUGGUGGGUCAGCAUCCUCAGGUUCAGGGGUGACUAAUAAUGGGGUGUCUGGUAUUCAAGGGGUGUUGUUGAGCUCCAAGUACUUGAAGGCCGCUCAGGAGCUCCUUGAUGAGGUUGUUAAUGUGAAUAAUAAUGGGAUUAAGACUGAAUUGUCCAAGAAGGGUAAUGGGAUUAGCGGUAAUAAUAGCAACAAGGUGAUUGGAGAAUCAUCAGGCGGAGAUGGCUCAGCUGGUGGCGAUGCCGGUGGGAAGCGCGGAGCAGAGCUUACCACGGCGGAGAGGCAAGAAAUUCAGAUGAAGAAGGCAAAGCUUAUCAGCAUGCUUGAUGAGGUGGAGCAAAGGUACAGGCAGUAUCAUCACCAGAUGCAGAUAGUGAUUUCGUCAUUUGAACAAGCUGCAGGAAUUGGUUCUGCAAAGACAUACACAGCUCUUGCACUGCAAACCAUCUCCAAGCAAUUCCGGUGCUUAAAAGAUGCAAUAACAGGUCAAAUUAAAGCAGCAAACAAGAGCCUAGGUGAAGAAGAUUGCCUUGGAGGAAAGCUCGAAGGUUCAAGGCUCAAAUUCGUCGAUCAUCACCUUCGACAACAACGAGCACUUCAACAGUUGGGAAUGAUCCAGCACAAUGCUUGGAGACCCCAGAGAGGAUUGCCAGAAAGAUCAGUUUCAGUUCUUCGUGCCUGGCUUUUCGAUCACUUUCUCCAUCCUUAUCCUAAAGAUUCUGAUAAGCACAUGCUGGCCAAACAGACAGGGCUCACUAGGAGCCAGGUGUCUAAUUGGUUCAUAAAUGCUCGAGUUCGGCUUUGGAAGCCAAUGGUAGAAGAAAUGUACUUGGAGGAAAUUAAGGAGCAAGAACGGAAUGGAUCAGAGGACAAAACUAGCAAGAGCGAACAGAAUGAAAAUUCAGCUUCAAAAUCAGUGCUGCAAGAGAAGGGUUCAGUUAAUGAUAAUCAGACUAAAAGUUUCAAGUCCUUGGACAGUUCUCCAAACCAGAAUGGUCCUGCAAUUUCAAUAUCUACAGCUUCAACAUCCCCUGUAGCAGGAAAUGUACGAAACCACUCUGGCUUCUCCCUCAUAGGGUCAUCUGAAUUUGAAGGGAUCACACAAGGAAGUCCAAAGAGACCUAGAAGCACUGAGUUGAUCCAAUCCCCAACUAGUGUUCCAUCCAUAAACAUGGAUGUCAAGCCUGGCGAAACGAACAAUGAACAGGUUUCAAUGAAGUUUGGCAAUGAGAGGCAGAGCAGGGAUGGCUACUCAUUCAUUGGAGGCCAAACCAACUUCAUUGGAGGUUUCGGGCAAUACCCAAUAGGGGAACUUGGAAGGUUUGACACAGAACAGUUCACACCAAGGUUUCCUGGGAAUGCUGUUUCUCUCACUCUUGGCCUUCCCCAUUGUGAAAACCUAUCCUUAUCAGGCACCCAUCAAAGCUUUCUUCCCAACCAGAGCAUUCAAUUGGGAAGGAGAGUAGAAAUUGGCGAACCGAAUGAGUUCGGAGGCAUUAACACAUCCACACCUCACUCUUCAACUGCCUACGAAAGCAUCAACAUUCAGAACAGAAAGAGGUUUGCAGCACAACUGCUGCCAGACUUUGUGGCCUGAUGACUAGGACAAGGCCAUGGAGAAGUCACCAGUGGAGGUUUCAUGGCUUCAGGAUGUCUUCACACUAUUUCUUGCUGUUCCAACCAUUAGUAGGGAACAAGGAUAAUGCAUGGUAGUGUAAAGAAAGAGCAAAUUUCACAUAGUAUAGGUCUAUACUUUGGCAUAUAACCAUUUGAGUUCUUAGACAGCUUAGGAUUAUAUGAGUUGAGGAUUGUAUAUUAUUUUUGUAAGUUUUGAAGAUGGAUAGAUGGAUUGAUAUCAUAAGGAUUAUUGGGGUAUACUAAUAUAUAUAUAUUGAUUGUGAGCA